UAUAAACAAAAAAUACCCCACCUAUUUGGGUGAUUCCAUUCUCCCUCCUUUCCGCCAUCUUGUGCGCUCGGGGUUGCAUGGAGGUUGUAUGAUUUUGCAGAGAGAUGAAGUGAUUCUGCUCUUUGACUGAAGAUGUGGAGAGCUUCUCGACGGGUGCCAAGCAGAAUAAAGUGCUUGGGCCAAGGUAGACCCACAAGCCGUGCACAACAACCCUGCAGGAACUAUGCAGAAGAAGGAGCGGACAAAUCAGCUAAGGCAGCACAAGCCAGGUUACAAGCUGUUGGAUCCCUCCCCACUGAAACCUCCAGUGGAGGUGUUGGUAGGACCAUACUAACUGCAACUUUGGCAGUAGGGGCUGGAGUGGGAGGGCUGACGGUGUACGCCAAGUCUAGCCCAGAAUUUCGAAAAACUCUUGAGGGAAAUAUUCCAUAUGCCAGGGAGUACCUGGGAGCCGUGCUGGAUCGUGGGCCCAAGAUGCCAGACCUCGGCCUUGGAGGAGUGGUGGAUAAAGCCAAAGACAUGGUUGGCAUGGGGAAGAAAAAGGAGGAACAACUAGGGUCUUUCCUGCCAAAGUUGUCCAAGUCAAAAGCUGAUGAAGAAGAGAAGCAGAGAAAAGCUGCUGCUGACACUGCUGCUCAAGCUAUAGCCUAUGGUGUCGACCAGCCCUAUCCGGCAGAAGCUAAAGUUUCCUCAUCCCCUCCACCAGUCAAGUACAUACCAACACAUGAAAAGGGCACAGGGAAGGAUGAGGAGUCACCAGCUAUUGCAGUCCCAGCAGCAGCAGAUCAUCGGCCCCUCCCCGUGGAAGAGUCUGAAGUAGCCACUCCAACAGACGACAAGCCUCGUGAAAUUCUAGCUGAGCCUAUAGCAUUUGGUGUUUCUGCCAUCAUGGGACGACCACAGUCUACACCAAAGAAACCUGUACCAGAACCCCCUCCAGCACAAUUACCAGACGAGAAACCCCCAGCUGCUGAAAAAAUGGAACAAUCCACAGCAGAAGCUGUUGCAUUUGCGGUUUCAGUCGGUACAGAUGAGCCCAUGCCGGUGGCAGCCAAAGAACCAUCUGCUGCCCACAAGGAGUCUGCCACUAAACGUCCAGCAAAGGAAAAGAAGCCGGUGGGAGUAGAGAAACCUGAAGCCACAGCUGCUGCUGCCAUUGCAGCCAGUAUGGAUGAGCCGUUGCCUCCAGAAUCUAAGAGUGAGCCAAAGGCCAAGAAGAAGGCAGAGGACAAACCUGCCACAAAGAAAAAGGCCCUGAAAGAGAAGGCUGAAGACACUGCAGCUGCAGCUGUAGCAGCUGGGAUGGACCUACCCAUACCUGCCAAGGCUAUGACCACGUCUGGAGAAGCAGUCACCGAUAAACAUGUUUCUAAGGAAGAAAAGUUGGUCGAAACUCCAGAAGACACUGCUGCUGCUGCUGUGGCAGCAGCCUUGGACCAGCCCUUUGCUACUGAGGCAAGAGAGACCCCUAUGAGAACUCCUGAGGAAGUGCAGGCAAAGCUCCUAGAGAAGGAGAUAGAUGAUCUUGCUGACAGGGCUGCCACACUAGCUAUCAUCCAGCAUGAGCUGCAGGACCUGAAGAGGACGGCCACCUCAGCUAUCCAUGCCCAGGAGGAGGCUGCUCACGCUACUAAGAUGCACUCUGAACAGAUCAAGCAUGCCAUGGAUGAGGACACGAGUGGUCCCCUGGGUAAAGAAGAACAGUGGCAGGCUGUGACAGGGGCCAAGGAGGCCCAGGUGGACGCUCUCAAACAGGCAGAGGCAACUGCUGCUGCUGCCAGAGAAAAUCUGGAGAAAGUGCGAGCUGUCAUCAAACAAGGCAAGUCUUCUCUGUCAGAGCCAGACCAGGAGAUCCUGUCAGCAGAGGAGGAGCUGGGAAAGCUGGCAUACGAGCUGGAGACUGCUGUGGGGAAGGUGUCCAAGGCCCAGGCAGAUGCCCAGGUGAUGCAAGAGUAUCAGGCUCUGGUGGAGCAGGGCAGGAAACAGUUCAAGAAAGAGCUGGAGAGCAUCAUGCCUGACGUCAAACUGGGGGGAUGGAGAGGCAAACUUUCGGAGGACGAGCUGAACUCGCUGAUCGCGCACGCCCACCGGCGUAUCGAGCAGCUGCAGAGCCAGCUGGCAGAACAGCAGCUGCUGGAGAAGUCUCGUAUGGACGACGCCCUCGCCAGGCAGCGCACAGAGGACGAGAAGGAGACGCUGGCUCUUCUGAGUAGGGAACUAGAACGGCAGAAACGUGAACUGGCACUGGCUCAGGAUCUCAGAAUUGCCCAGGCCAGGGACCAGUACGAGGCAGAGAUGCGUACCCAGCUGCGGCGGCAGGCAGGGGCUCACAGCGAGCACCUUCAGGACGUGCUGCGGGUCCAGGAGCAGGAGCUCAGCUCCAAGCACCAGGCGGAGAUGCACGACGCUCUCAUGGACGAGAGAGAUCGCUACCAGGUCAAACUGAACGAGGCCAUGGCCAGGCUCAGGGGCGUGGAGGCUGCCAUUGAGGGAAGAGCUGACAUCGAGAGAGAAGCUCGGAAAGCCCAAGAGCUGCUGAUUGCCUGUGAGACGUUAAAACGGCUCAUCAACACUGGCAACGAGGAGGCAGCAUCAUGGGAGGAACGGCGCAUCCCCCUCUCCAGGGAAGUCAACACAGUCAAGGAGGCAGCAGGAGACAGCAAGUUCUUCCAAACCCUCCUGGGCUCCGUGCCACAACAGGCCAUGGAGGCAGGCGUGUUUCCAGAGGACUCUCUACGACAGCGGUUCCUCCGCGUCAAAAGGGUCUGCCGCCGGGUGGCAAUGAUCGACGAAACGGGAGGCACCCUCUUCCAGUUCUUCGUGUCGUACCUCCAGUCCCUCCUGCUGGUGGAUGCUGGGAGGAGGUCGCUUCCUCCGGGGAAGGAAGUCGACCCAAAGAAAUUGGACACGUUCACGUUACUAUCUUAUGCAGAACAUAGCCUAGAAAAUGGAGAUUUAGAGCAAGCGGCAAGGUUUAUGAACCAGCUGAAAGGGGAGCCUCGGAAAGUGGCUUCUGAUUGGUUAGAAGAAGCCAGGCUUACGCUGGAAGCGAGGCAGGCUGCACAGGCUCUAGCCGCGGCUGCAGCUGCAGUUGGGCUAGGAAAUCUAGUUUGAUAACGAUAUAGGAGUAUUUGAGAUAGUAGAUGUACAAGAAGCAGUCCUGGAGACUUCAGUAUUCUUAAUGUCAGUUUUCUUCUGCAUGUGGGGCUAAUUUAUAUUGUACUUUGAAAACAUCAAGGUUUCGAUCAUUUUUAUGGUUACCCAUGUAUAAAAUUGGGUACAUACAUGUAUAGCCGUACCGAGGCUCAAUAAAAAGAUUCUGAAGACAGAGCAAAUAGAAUAUCCCAAAAUUUUUCUGAUGGAGUCUCUAGUACUACCUCUUGCCAUUUUAUUUCCUGUAUUUGAAGAGAGAUUUUGCUGCAAUAAGAAAAUUUCAAAACAUAUUUGUUUCCCUGCAUGUAAUGUCAUUGAGAUGCUUGCGAUGUGAAACGGAAUUUGACUGUGAGCUUUAAAUCAAAGAUUGCUAUGAAAGCUUUUUCAAGAAAAUAAAGGAUUGUCAGUUUGUUAUGACUUCAUAGUGGUACAUGGUAGGACAGGACCAAUAAUUACAAGUGACUUUCAUGUAAGCAAUGAUGACAUUAAAGAGUGAAGUCAGAUUA